CGUCUCGUCUGUGUUCUUCCCCCACACUGAAAUACACUGUUCCUUCAGACUGCAGCACGAGUGUCUGGCAUUGUGUGCUCAAGUCACAAUUACUGGUCUUUUUUUUAUUUUGGGAGGAUUGUUGUUGUUUUUUUUUUACAGUAUAAGAAGUGUUGGGACAGACUCAAAGCAGUUGAAUGGCUAGGUAUAACUUUCAGUGGACAAAGGUGCUUGUGUGGGCGUGCACAGUUUGUGCCGUCCUGGCCCUGUUCCUCCUCGGUCUUGCUAGAAUGUGGUGUCAGAGCGAAAGUGACGAAGAACCAUCUUUCACCAUAGACAGUGAAGAGAUAAGUGGGACAGAGAGUGUGCCUGUGAUUGAAUUUGAACUUUGGAAAAAAAAAAAAUUUGCCAGAUUACCCAACACGUUUUGGCAGAGCCACCUGUCUGGAGAUGCCUUUUGGAACAAACACCAAGCGGUCAUCGACUACCAUUUUAACCCCUUACUAAGCCACCACGACGGAGACAUAGACGUUGACAGCCCUUUUUAUGAAUCCUUACUGCCGCAAAGUUUCUCUGAAGUUUCUGAAUUUGUUGGUACAAUGCAGCUGCCAGAGAUGCUGCAAGACUUUGUGAGCUCCAUGCACAGGAGGGACUACUCAACCCUCAUACAGCCAAAUGGACUAUGUGGAGCUGGGGCAACAGAUGAGAAGGAGGCCCCUUUGCUUCUUCUGGCCAUCAAGUCAACAGACCUUCACUUUGAGAACAGACAAGCCAUUAGAGAGACGUGGGGCCAGGCAGGGUGGGUGUCAGGACAGAAUAGAAAAAGAAAAGGAAGUGGAGGAUACGUCCGCAGGAUCUUCCUGAUGGCCAGCAAUGGUCAGCCACCCUCUUCAGAGUUAUUGGCAGAGAGUGAACUUUAUGGAGACAUUCUGCAGUGGGACUUUAAGGACACGUUUUUCAACCUCUCUUUGAAGGAUGUGCUCCUCUGGAAGUGGUUCUCACGUUACUGCAGCAAGACCCGUUUUGUCUUCAAAGGAGACGAUGAUGUCUUUGUCAACACAGUGAAAACUAUAACUUAUCUCCGGGACCAACUUCAGAGGCCACAAGCAGAAAAGAGCAUGAAAACCUUCAUGGUUGGAUAUGUUAUAGGAGGAACAUCUCCCAUAAGAGAUGAUUCAUCCAAAUACUUCAUCCCUGAAAAUUUCUACACAGGAGUCUUUCCUGCAUAUCCAUGUGGGGGAGGGUUUCUUUACUCAGGCGUGUUGGCAAAACGUCUGUACCAAGUAUCUAAAAGGGUUCACCUCUUCCCUAUUGAUGAUGCGUUCGUGGGUAUGUGUAUGAUUCGGCUGAACAUCUUCCCAAUCCACCACCCUGCCUUCCUCAUAUAUGGCUUUCCUGGAAAGGAUGAAGAAGCGAUGUGUUCGUACCACACAAUGCUGAUGAUCCACAAACGAAGCCCCAGUGAGAUGACUGAUCUUUGGGCUCGCGUAAGGAAGACAGAGGAGGAAUGUUGGGAUGCUCCCCUGAGGAACGUGUAUAUUGCACAACAUUUGUGAAAAUGAUUUUGGUGCCAAAUGUUGUUUAGUGCACAAAGUUUUCCAUUAACCAGAAAGAAACAUGGAGGGGAUGUUGUAACCUGUGAUGUCUGUAUUUAUCGUUUGUUCACAUACACUAUGUUGUUUAUGUUCAGGGGGUUAUGUUUGAUUGUAGGCCAAUUAGUGGGCUGAUUAGCUUUGGAAGGGUCUGGAUAUGAUGAAUGUGAAUUUUAAUGUUCAUUUUUCAGUGUUAAACUUCCACAUAACCAGUCCAGACCACAUACGCUGAAACUGAUGGUUGCUAAGGGGCUAGUUCUAUACUGUUUAAUGUGUCAAAUGAUCCCAGAUGACGUAAAUUGCUUUUUGUAGAGUUUAUUAUUUAAUUCAUUCUUAUUUAGUCACAGUCUGUCCUGCUUAGUAAAUCUAAGAAACAAUGUGAUUUUAUUUAUUAUCCAUAUCCAAAUGCAAACUAAACCAGAUGAGCACAGUAGUAGUAGACAGCAAAUUAUAAA